AAGAAGAAAAAGAAGAAGAAGGUGACAGGGGACAGUAAAGAAUGGCCACUGCUUAUCUGACACACCAACAAAAAGUGUUACGACUUUAUAAGAAAUCUUUGAGACAUCUGGAGUCGUGGUGUGUCUUCAGGGAUAAAUACCGUUUCUACGCCUGCCUGCUGCGUGCUCGCUUUGAUGAGAACAAGAAUGAAAAGGAUAUGGUGAAGGCCACCAGGAUGCUUAAGGCAGGAGAGGAAGAGUUCUGGGCUAGGCAACAUCCUCAGCCGUACAUCUUCCCCGACUCUCCUGGAGGAACCUCCUAUGAGAGAUACGAUUGCUACAAGGUCCCAGAGUGGGCGCUGGACUUCUGGCACCCUUCGGAGAAGGCCAUGUACCCCGACUACUUUGCUAAGAGGGAGCAGUGGAAGAAGCUGCGGUUGCAGAGCUGGGACAAAGAGGUUGCCCAACUGGAGGCUGAAACCCCACCCGGUGGCCCAACAACCGAAGCACUUCCUCCUGCCCGUAAAGAGGGUGAUCUCCCCCCUCUGUGGUGGCAGUAUGUCACCCGUCCCCGGCAGCGGCCAAUGUGAACUCAAACCGUCUGAGCCCAAGCUGUCCUGCUUCAGCUUUUACUGAACGACCUGUGCUGAAAUAAAUAAGAUGCUUCCAUGACAUUAUUAAGCAGGUUUAGAGUUGUGUGAAAGUAUAAAUGUCUCUUCUAAUAAUAAAUAAAUGUGAUGGAAGCAGA